UUUUUACACACUGCAUUACUCUCAUUCAAUAUUAGUAUCAAGUAUCAACCCUUCAUCAUUCUCUUUCACUGAUGGCUGAGCUUGAGUCAGUGCCAUUUGCUGUUGCAUCAAAUCUUAUUCACAGGUUAGCUUCCCCAGAUUUUCUUGAAUUUGGACAAGAGUAUGGUGUGAUGGAAGAGUUAGAAGAGCUUAAGAACACUAUUGAAUCCAUCAAUGAUAAGCUUCUUGACGCCGACAAUAAACAAGAUCAAAACGGUGGUGUGCGAGUUUGGAUCAGAAAGUUCAAAAAAGUACUUCAUCAUGCAGAUGACUUCUUAGAUGACCUUGCUAUCGAAUUUAAGAGAGACAAAUUGAAUGCAGCAGAAGGAAAAGAAGUAAACAAGGUACUUCGUUCCAUUUCAUCUUCAAAUCAAAUUCCUUUAGACAGUGAAAUGCCUGACAAAAUUAAAGAUAUACUAGAAAGUUUUAAUGAUGUACUAAAAGAAAUGAAGGAUUUGAAUUUAAGCCCAAGAUUAGGGGUAGUUAAGCAGACUAACCUUGAAUGGAGGGAAACAUGUUCUUUUGUGUUAGAAUCAGAUAUCAUUGGAAGAGAUGACAGUAAAAAAGAGAUUAUUAGUCUGUUGAGACAAUCACAUGAAAAGGAGAUAGUUUCUGUGAUUGCUAUUGUUGGCAUUGGUGGUUUAGGGAAGACAGCUCUUGCACAAUUGGUGUAUAAUGACUUGGAAGUGAAGAAGGUUUUUGAAACGCAAAUGUGGGUGUGUGUCUCUGAUAACUUUGAUGUGAAAACUAUUCUGAAGAAAAUAUUAGAAUCAAUCACUGGUGACCAAGUUGAAGACAAGUUAUCGUUAGGCAACUUGCAAAGAAAACUUCACCAAAAAAUAAGCGGUAAAAAAUAUUUGUUGGUCCUGGAUGACAUUUGGAAUGAGAGACAUGACAGAUGGGCUGAACUGAGAAAGUACUUAAUGUGUGGCGCUCAAAAUAGCAAAAUUUUAGUGACAACUCGAAGUGAUAAUGUAGCAAAGGCAAUGACUGCUAGUACUUCCUAUCCUUUGAAAGGUUUGACUGACGAAGAAUCUUGGAGUUUGUUGAAGAACAUUGCAUUUGAGGAUGAUUCCAAAGAAGUGAAUCAAACUCUAGAAUCAAUGGGGAAAGAAAUAGCAAGAAAAUGCAAAGGGGUUCCACUGGCGGUCAAAACACUGGGAGGCCUGUUACGAGGACAAACUGAAGAAAGUGAAUGGAAGAAUGUCUUACGUGAUGACUUCUGGAAAUUAUGUGAAGAGCAAGAUAGUAUCAUGCCAAUUCUAAAACUCAGUUACCACAACUUGUCUCCAGAAAUGAGACAAUGUUUUGCUUAUUGCUCUUUGUAUCCCAAGGAUUCAAGAAUUACAAAGAAUGAGUUGAUUCAGCUAUGGAUGGCACAGGGUUACCUUGAAUAUUCAGCUGAAAAACACCGCAUGGACAUGGAAGACAUUGGUAACCAAUUAGUAAAGAUUUUUUUUAUGAACUCAUUUUUUCAAGAGGCUGAGUGUGAUAAAUAUGGUGAGAUCAUUAGUUUCAAAAUGCAUGAUUUAAUGCAUGAUCUUGCAAUGCUUGUUGCUGGCAAUGAUUGCUGUUACUUGGAUAGCAAGGCGGAAAAGGUUGAAGGUAGUCCCAUGCACGUAUCUUUGGAAUCUGGGGCCAUUCAUUUAUUGAAUUCAUUAGAUAAAAGCAGGCUGCGAACGUUGAUUUUGCCGGAUCAUUGCAAUUUUGAUGAGGAAGUGCCGGUUGCCAAUUUCAAAUACUUGCACGUCUUGAAGAUUUCAAGUUAUUAUUUUCGCAAAUCGUCUGAUUCAAUUGAAGGAUUGAAGCAUUUAAAAUAUCUUGCUGUUUAUUUCCCCUUAAAUGGGAUACCUGGGUUGGGAAAAUUAUACUCGUUGCAAUUCUUACCAGCCUUUAUUGUGAGAAGUAGCCAAGAAACAGGCAAUGCCCCACUAAAUGAAUUGAAAGACUUAAACCAGCUGAGGGGAGAAUUAAGAAUUGAGAGUCUCGAAUUGGUGGGAAACGUGGCUCUGGAAUCACAGGAUGUAAAUUUAAAAGAAAAAAAAUUCCUUAAAUCCUUGACUCUAGAUUGGCAUAAUGAAUAUUACGAUGAAUGGCCAAGAAGAGACCUCGGUAUUGUUGAAUAAACUUAAAUGUCGGUUUUAAUUGGUUUUAAUUCAGCAGUUUUUUGUUAGAAUAAAAGGUCAAGAGUUAGCAGUUAUGUUUUUUGAUAAAUGGUUAUAAUGGGUUUUGAUUGUAGUUUAUGACUAUUAAUAGAAUUUAAGUUUUUUAAUUUUAUAAAUAGAUCAUUGUAUUAUUUGACAAAAAGUAUGAGAAAUAUACAAACAAUUUUU